CGUUACUGUUGAGGAACAAGUAGCAAUGUUCCUGUCAGUUUUAGCCCACCAUAAAAAAAUAGAGUUGUUCGUUUCGACUUUUGGAGAUCCGGUCAAACAAUAUCGCACUACAUACACGCCGUUUUAGGGGCUAUUAUACGGCUACAUGAUAUGUUCUUAUCCAAGCCAGAGGCUGUUCCCGCGGAUUGCAAUGAUCCACGAUGGCAGUGGUUUAAGGGCUAUUUAGGGGCAUUAGACGGCACGUAUGUCAGUGUCAUGGUUGGUAACGAGGACAAACCUCGAUAUAGAACAAGAAAAGGGCAAAUAUCAACGAAUGUGUUAGGUGUAUGCGAUCGGAAGUUGAAUUUCAGUUAUGUUUUAGCCGGUUGGGAAGGUUCGGCUGCGGACUCUAGAAUCUUACGAGAUGCAAUUAGUAGACCUCAUGGCCUUAAGGUCCCAAAGGGGAAGUACUACUUGUGUGACAAUGGUUACGCGAAUAGUGAUGGUUUCCUAACGCCGUUCAAGGGCGUUAGGUACCAUUUAAAAGAAUGGGGACCAAACAAUGCACGCCCACAAAAUAAAGAGGAGCUUUUUAACUUGAGACAUAGUAAAGCAACGAACGCCAUAGAGAGAGCCUUUGGGAUCUUGAAGAUGAGAUGGGGUAUAUUAAGAUCGCCAUCCUUUUAUCCAAUUCGAGUGCAAAAUCGACUUAUAAUGGAAGCAUUUUUACUUAACAAUUUCAUUCGGAUGGAAAUGCCAGUAGAUCCUAUUGAGCAGCAACUAGAUGCCAUGCCCCAAGACAAUGAUGCAACAUUAGAUGGGACAUCCGAUGAAUUUGUAGAUGAAGUUGAUAGUUCCCCCCAAUGGAACGCGGCGAGGAAUGCCUUAGCCGAGGCAAUGUGGUUACAAUAUGUGAAUAACAAUUAGG